AUGUCGUUUGAUCUGUCGAAAGACGUGGAUGCAAGUAUGAAAUUGCUCGUGCAAGCCAAGGUUGCGGAGGAAACAAGAAUGUUGACCAACGUGAUGCUCUUCCUUGCGAUUUUGCUUCUCGCAAUUAUCGGGUUCCUUCUCGCGUUCAUCGCGAGGAGGAUGAAUGCUCUUGAUGCCUCUCUCCGUAAGCGGCAGGAGGAGCUGAGGUUGAGCAUCGCACAGGGCGCAGGAAGGCUCUUCAGAGAUUCGCGUGUGGGAACCUUGUCGAGGAUGGAGACACCCAACUCGGCGGCCCACUCGAUGACCAUGAUGGGGAGACCUCGUGGUAUGUCUGGCGAGAGCGAAGAUCUCUUCACAGGUAUCGCUCGGAGUGUACACCGAAAGCUAGAGUCGAGCAGCGACUUCGAGAUGUCGGCAGGUGUGAGUGAUGAGGGAUUCACGCCUGAAUCUCGUACGCCGUCAGGAGGGUUCGUCUUCGACCAGAGAAUGCGGGACAACACUUUGACACAACAACGGAUGUAUGACACAAACUUUGACACGUCACGACCAGAUCCUUCCAACGCUAUGAACAAAGUGAACAUGGAGAAGCUGUUGAGUGUGUGUCAAGCUCCAAAGGAUAACGUUAAUGACAAACCUGGUCAAGUUGCAGUCUCUCCAUCUUUUAGCUUGAGAAUUCCUCCCUUCCUUCGGUCAUCCAAAUUUGAGCUGAUGGAACAAUUGACGGAUGAAUGCAAAGCCACCUGCUUAGCAAACAUGCGGAACGACCAAUUCACAAGUGGUCAUGUCAUUGUUGAAUCUGGUCAGAUUGGACGCCACAUGUUUUUCAUGGAAAGAGGAAGUGCCAAAGUCAUAUUUGACGGUUCUCCUUUUACUGAAGUGAAAAAUGGAGAGUUUUUUGGAGAAGCUACUUUUGCCCUAAUUCUGUCAAAUCUUUUGAAAUAUAAUUUGGAGCAAGUGGAAGACCUUCCUAUACGAAAGGAUUUUGAAUUGUCUUGUGAUGUUGUGGCAAACGAGAAUUGCAGGUGUUGGAUCUUUGAUGUGAAUGAUUUUCUCGAUGUCUACACGAGUGAUCUCGAGGGCAAUCAGAAGCUUUUGAAAAUUCUUCCUGACGCCUUUGCCCCCAUCGAGACCAUUACAAGCGGGAAAGAUGGAGCAGAGAGAGAAAACAGAAGAGCGGAGGAAGGCAAGAAGGCCAAACCUAACAUUCAAGUCGACGCCCAGAAAGAGAAACCAAGCUCAGCAAUGCCAUCCUCUCAGAGUAGUUCAUCGCACAAAUCUGGAAGCAUUCUUGAGGAGUUCAUUCGCAGUGCGAGCUCCUCGGAUGGAAACGGAAGGAUCAGAAGUCCGAUGCUUGUGAGGGAUCGCGAUGAAGAUUCAUUCAAGCGGGUGGAUGGGCGAACGCCCAAGUGGGGAGCUAUGGGAGGGAAGAACACAAGUCCAUAUCGCCUCGAUGACCUGAUGGGGGCGAGCGAGAAUUCGAUUCGCUCGGCAAUAGACGAGGAAGACCUUUCAUUCGACCCCUCGCUGUUUGCCCGCGAAGUGCCUGACAGCGACCGAGUGUACAGGCGAGAGACGAGCGGGAAGCUUUCCUCCGAGUCCAUCGGGAUCCUUCCCUUCAGCCGAUCGCCCAGCGCUGGAUUCUGCGAGAAGCUCUCGAGCUCGAUGGAGCCUGACGUCCACUCGCAUGUGCGCACUAUGGUGAGCCCGAGGAGAACAGUAAGCCCGAGGCGAGGAGGGGGAAACGAUCGCUACCAAGAGCGAUCGGACGAGGCUGAAGCUGCUCCGGGAAUCAUGCCCUUCGACCGAAGCAUGAGCUCGGGGAGCCAGGGAGAAGGAAUCAUGGGGAAGAAUGACGUCAUGCGACGUGCGCCGACCUCGUCAUCAGGAUUGAGCAGUCCUGUCGGACGAGACAGUCGCAUGCUCGCAAGCAGCGGGUCGAGAUUUUAUGCUAGAAUCAUUCGCAAUGAGACUCAUCGGGGGUCGCGAGAUAGUCCGGACGAAGACAAGAAGAAUGAUUGA